AUGCUCUAUCAAUGGAUAUAUGACAAACCSCGCCAAACCGAUGUGACAAGUGAGCUCGUACGUAAGAAUAGUAUCUUGUGGAUAUACGGCGAUUCCGUCACAGAACAGUUCUACAAUGGUGUUCGACGACAACCAUUGUGUACUCGAGUAUUUAAAUGGUGCGGCCAUACUUAUAACUGGGUAUAUAACCUUAAAGGUAAUAUUUCAGCUGCAAAGACCCAAGAUGAYGAUUUGGACUUUGAUGACGUCAGAGUCAUUAGUGAACUAGAUGACGUCAUACGCCAUCCCAUUUUCGACCAAAACAGUGCUAUAUUAAUCAAUGCUGGCCUUCAUUAUYUAGAAAGUUCAAACUUUUCCAACUACCAGAAAGUAAUUGAUGGAAUAAUUCGGCUGUUUGACAGAGGAAAAGUUCAACGUCCKCUUUGGAAAGAUAUGARGGUGUUUCCUGGACAAGUUAUCUGGAAAACUACCACGUCACUUCAUAAAGAGAAACUUGAUAGUAAACAUCUUGAAGCAAGAAGGUUUCUUACGUCACAGCGUGUCCUCCUGUUCAAUGCCUACGCGACCCAAGCCAUGUGCCGAGCAGGCUAUCACGUGAUCGACGCAUUCCCGCUGACCGAUAGUUACCCGUAUGGAACAGGAAAACCAGAAAUCCCUAAAGACGCUGUGCAUUAUCAGCACUUUGUCUUUGAAGCUGUGGAAAGACUUCUCGARGAUUUCUUUGUCAAGACAACAAUUAGGGAAACGUUUGCUACGUGAAGAGGUAACUCCUCAUUAGAAAGCAAUCAGUCUCGUACACAGAGCCCGCACUUUUGCCAUCUAGCAGAAAGAAUUCGGUGGGUGAGAGAAUCUGGGGGAAUCACAGGCCGCCCAACUAUGGCUUGAGAGAAGGAAAAGAACGAAUGCGCACGCUUUUUCGCUAGUACUGUUAUCGGCGCGCGCUUUUAGCAAAAUGCGGGUUACCUGUGGUAUUACGUCAAUGAUCCCUUGCCUCGCGGGGUCAAAAACUAGUCUGUCACAGAUUUAAAAGUGUAUUUUAGAAUGAAGAAGGUUCAUUUUAUGAAGUGGAUGAACCUGGUGAUGUUUAGUAGUGAAAACCUAGUACUAAGGUGUUCCAACUACCAUGAUGGGGUUAUAGCGAAACUUAAACCUCUCAUUAUACACCGAUGUCAUAAUAGAACUGUACAGCAAUACGAUAUUUUGCAAUGCUCUUUAUUUCUUUUAUAUUAUCAUUAACUUUAACAACUGAUUGAAGAAGAGAAAAACUAAUAUCUCUCAUUGACUACAUCAGUGUCUGUUUCAUUACCUUUUAGUUUAGUGUAUUUAUUCAAUUCKAUUAAAAUUGAAAUCUGAUCAGUUCUAAUGAUACUCUUUCAAUGACGUUCAAUUUACAAUUUAAAUUUUAUCAAGCUUUCGGACAAAAUCAA